UGCUCCUCCGCGACUCGUGGGCUCCCCCUGCUGAUCAAAGCUAACUCCGCUUUGACAGAAGCCGGUGACAGGGGGCGGGAGAGUCGGAGGGGAGCAGAAAACGGGGACUUGAGGCCGACACCGGGCAAAGUCACCGAUCGCAUUGGAAAUUUGUCGCCAUAUCAAGAAGAGGACGGUUCGUCAGGGGACAGAGAGACACGUGAACUUCCACCAUGGCAUCUAGAAUCGGACUUCGUAUGCAGCUGAUGAAAGAACAGGCUCAGCAGGAAGAGCAACGUGAACGAAUACAGCUGCAACAACAGCACUUCAUGCAGCAUCACAUAAUGCCUUCCACUGCCACGCCUGCCAUCAACACGCCUGCAUCUUUUCAGCCUCCACCACCAGUUCCCAUGGAAGUCUUGAAGGUUCAAACCUACCUGGAGAAUCCAACCUCGUACCAUUUGCAGAAGUCUAGAGACAAGAAGGUUCAGGAUUACCUGUCUGACACCUACGGGAACAAAUUUGCCUCCCAAAUAAACCCACUUAGACUGUCUCCAAAACCCCCUCCUGCUCCAUCUUCUCCUGCACACCGUCCAGCACGCCUUUCAUCUUCAGCAGGAAACAGUGCACCCAACAGUCCCAUGGCCAGAAUGAACCUGUGCUCCAACACAGAAAGAGAAAUGGAUGACGUCCUUGAUAACAUCAUAGGUCUAGAUGACAUGUUUGUGUACACAGAACCUGCCCUUUCCAUGCCAAACACGUUGCCAUUUUCCAGUAGUCACUUGGGGCUGUACAGUGAUAAUUCACGCCUCAGUGAUACUGUAGUAGGGGUCACUAGCAAUUCCUGCCCAGCAGACCUACCUAUCAAGAGAGAGCUAACAGAUGCUGAGAAUCGCGCCCUUGUACGUGAACGUCAGAAGAAGGACACACACAACAUGAUUGAGAGAAGAAGACGAUUUAACAUCAACGAUCGGAUAAAGGAGCUGGGCACUUUAAUUCCGAAGACGACUGACCUGUACGUCUGCAGUGAUACCCGCUGGAAUAAAGGCACCAUCCUGAAGGCAUCUGUGGAAUAUAUCAAACACAUGCAGAAGGAGCAGCAUCGGAGCCGUGAACUGGAAAGCCACUCCAAACAACUGGAACAAGAGAAUAAGCAGCUGUGGCUUCGGGUCCAGGAGCUAGAAUUGCAAGCACAGGCACAUGGCAUUCCCACAAGUUCUCCUCGAAGUAUGAAUGCUGGGCCAGUCAAGCAGGAACCUGAAGCAAUGCCUAUGGUUCAGCAGCAACUUACAGUCCCACAGCAGGGACAAUACCAACAGCAAAUGGACUUUUCAUCAGGGCUCAGUUACCAAAACACUGCCUGUGCAGACAACUCUUUUCCUGCUCUCUCUAGGACAGAACUAGACCUCAUGCUGAUGGAGGACACUAUGCUAGGUUCUGAUCCCAUGAUGACCUGUGAUCCUCUCCUGUCAACCCUUUCUCCCGGCACUUCAAAGGCCAGUAGCCGACGAAGCAGCUUCAGCAUUGAUGAGGUAGAUGGCCUGUGACAAUAUAAACUAGGAAUGGAAAAUCUAUUCUACCCUGUGACUUUCCCACACAAUUGUCCAAAAUCACACUGCCUUAUUUAUGGGACAGUUUAGCAAGAAGGUCUCAAGUACAAAAUUUUAUGCAUAGCCAUUAUGUGCCGAUAUACUCAAACUGUACCGCCAAUGGUGGAUUCUUCAGCUGAGUGAGCAUUUAAAGUUAUUUGGAGAACCUGUAUUCAGCACUCCACACAUCUUCAUGCUGUCGCCAGACUACCUAAGAACUACCCAAUGCCUACACGCCUGCAUGGACCAGCAUCAUCUCUUGUAUCUUCUACCACUGCUGCUGACGUAUCUGAGAUAUGCAAGAAAUAUUUGCCAAGAAACCAAAGUGCCUUCACAUGUUGAGCCGAGCAGGACCUGUGUCCUGUGUGUGGUAGUGAAUUUAGCGGAAGGCUAGAUUUAUCAUUUCUAAAUUAAGAAUGUGAUUAAGAAUUACUGGCAUGAUGUGUGGUUGAGUGCGAUUGGGGAUAGUACAAAAAUAACAGGUAUAGGUCAUCAUAUGAAUGUAAAUGUACAGUGCCUUGCAAAAGUAAUUGCCCCCCUUGACUUUUUUCGUAUUUUGGUGCCUCACAACCUGGAAUUAACAUGGAUUGUUUGAGGAUUUGCAUCAUUUAAUUUACAGAACAUGCCCACA